CCCUGCGGCGCCAUGCGCCUCUCGGCCCUGCUGUGCGCGGGGCAGCUGCGGCUGCCCCCCGGUUACCGGCACGGCACGUGGCGCCCCACGACCGCCGCCGCCCAGCGCCGCAACCCCCCGGGGCUGCGCCGCCGCAAGGUCUUCGUGGAGCCCAUCGCCAGGGAGGACUGGAAGGUGUUUCGGGGUGACACGGUCCAGGUCCUCACCGGGAAAGACGCGGGGAAGCAGGCGAUGGUCACCCAGGUCGUGCGAGCCCGCAACUGGGUGGUGGUGGAAGGGCUGAACACGCACUACCGCUACGUCAACCGAACUGCCAAAUACGCCGGGACCUACAUCGCCAGUGAGGCGCCGCUGCUGCUCAGCCAGAUCUCACUGGUGGACCCCGAGGACCGGAAGCCGACGGAGGUGGAAUGGCGGUACACGGAGGAGGGCGAGCGGGUCCGCGUCUCCCUGCGCAGCGGCCGGAUCAUCCCCUUGCCCCUGCGGCAGCGCUGGGACGGCAUCGUCCGCGAGCAGUGGAUCGACGGCCCGAAGGACACGGCGGUGGAGGAUGCGCUGGACAAGACAUACCUGCCGUCCCUGAAAACCUUCGAGGAGGAGAUCAUGGACGCCAUGGGGAUCGUGGAGACGCGCAGGGCCAAGAAAUCCUACUGGUAUUAACUGGUGGGGGACGGGGAGGGGACUAGAAACCCCCCCGAGACUGGGGUCUGCAAUAAAGACACCCCUUUAUUUUC